UGACAUUCUGACACGUGUCUUUUAAAAAAACAACCUCAAAGUUAAUCGUUCACAAAGUGCAUAACACGUGCACAAGUGAUCCGGACAGGUCGUUUCCCAGCGCUAUGAUUGACGAUGCGCGGAGGGGAUAUAAAAGCGAUCUCGGCGCACAGAAGGCACAGAAUCAUGAAGCUUAUUCUCCUGGCAUUGCUGUUCGGCUGCGCGGCCGCUGUCCCCUCGGAGGAUGACGAGAGGAUCGUCAACGGCUACGAGUGCAGACCCCACUCCCAGCCCUGGCAGGUGUACCUGACCUACAGCGGAGGAAACCGCUGGUGCGGGGGCUCCCUCAUCAGCGAGUGGUGGGUGGUCUCGGCCGCGCACUGCUACAAACCAGCCAGCUCUCUAGAGGUUCACCUCGGGGAGCACGACACGACGCGGGAGGAGGGGACGGAGCAGCGUUUCUGGGUGUCGAAGGCGAUCGCUCACCCCCAGUACGACUCCCGCAACUUGAACAACGACAUCAUGCUGAUCAAGCUGGCUCAGCCCGCCCGCUUCACCGCCUACGUGCAGCCCAUUGCCCUGCCCUCCCGCUGCGCCACCGCCGGGACUCCCUGCCUGGUGUCGGGCUGGGGGAACCUGCGCACCGACGGGGUGAGUUACCCCCGAGCCCUGCAGUGUUUGGACCAGCCCAUUAUCUCUGAUCAGGCGUGCCGCAACGCCUACCCCCACCUCUACACCGACAACAUGGUCUGCUCCGGAUUCAUGGAGGGGGGCAAGAGCAGCUGCCAGGGAGACUCUGGGGGUCCGCUGGUGUGUAACGGACAGCUGCAGGGGAUCGUGUCCUGGGGAUACCAGUGCGCCCAGGUAGGGCACCCCAGCGUGUACGUGAGGGUCUGCAAAUACAACGCCUGGAUCAGCCAGGUCAUGUCCUCCAACUAGAGCAUCUCCCAGAGGGAACAGCCAUCUGUCGAAAAAUAUAUGCAAUGCUAAAUAUUUACCUUGCAAAACUCUGGCCAAAAGUUUUGCAGCAUCAUCCUCAUAUAGAAUUAAGUAAUUUUGCCAUUAAAGUCGAAUGAAACCUGCUGGAAUAAUGUUACCUUGUUAACAUAUUGAUUGACAUACCGCUGCUUUGUAGUUUUCCAUCUGCUUAGUGAAGAAUGUGACAUGUUGAAAUGUACCAUGACAAGCUGUCCUGCACGAACCGCUGUGGUUUGUAUAUGGGUGCAAGUUCGCUGGUUUUUGGGAAUAAAGCUCUUAUUCAAAAUGA